AUGGAGCAACCUAAAUCAGCUGCAGGCGAUCCAUAUGACAAGUCCUUCAUUCAGCCCUCCAUGGAAAAAUUUGAAGAUUUUGACCAAGUCAUCGAGAAGGAAGAGAGCCUUUCCACUAGUUUGGUAAGCAAUGGAUGUGUGGACUUCCAUGGAAAAGUUGCAGACAAGAAAAAAACUGGAGGAUGGAAGGCCUCUCCAUUUAUCAUAGUGAAUGAGGUAGCUGAGAGGCUGGCAUUUUUUGCCGUUGCGGUGAACAUGGUGGCUUACUUGGUGUUUGAGAUGCGGCAAUCGCUACCAAGUGCAGCCACCCAUGUCACAGAUUGGAUUGGAGCUGCCUAUGUUCUCACACUUGUUGGAGCUUUUUUAGCUGAUGCUUACUUGGGCCGCUUCAAAACCAUCAUCAUUUUCUCAUGCGUCUAUGCCCUCGUAUGGAAUGGUCUUGUUGACACUAUCCGCCUCCAUAGAAAAGAAAAGGUGGUGGCUAAAUUAUUCAUGAACUCAACUCAUCGAGAUGAAGCCACGAAUGGUAUGAGAAGCAUAAGCAGUGCAAUAUUUUUGAGUGAGAUUGGGAUCGGGAGUUGGUUAAGCACUGCGCUUGUUGAGAUCAUAUACAGUGCGACUGGUGGAGAAGAACAAGGAUGGUUGAGGAACGACUUGAACAUGAGCAAGCUUGAUUACUUUUAUUGGAUAUUGACAGCCAUCAAUGGGGUUAAUUUCUUGGUGUAUUUGUGGGUGGCUCAGCGUUAUAAAGGUAGGCAUGGUUCAAGCACCAGUGUGAGAGAUGGGGACGACAGUUGA